ACCAAAUCAACAACACAAAAUCCUUCUCUCAUUUACUCCCUCCCAUGGCCCUAAGAUCCUUCAAGCUCUCCUCAAAACUCCCUUUCCGCCGACGACCCAUCCACUCCAUCGCCGGCGAUUCCCCCGCCGAGCUCUCCAUCCCUUCCCACUUUCUCUGCCCCAUCUCCAUCGACUUAAUGAAAGACCCUGUCAUUCUACCCUCCGGCAUCACAUUCGACCGCUCCAGCAUCGAAACAUGGCUGCAAGCCGGCAACUUCACCUGCCCUGUAACCAAAAAUCCCCUUUUUGCCGCCGAUCUAAUCCCCAACCACACCCUCCGCCGCCUGAUCCAAGCCUGGUGUGUGGCCAACCGCUCCCUCGGCAUCGAGCGCAUCCCCACCCCGAAGAUUCCAAUAACCUCCCUGCAAGUCUCCGAAUUACUUUCAGAGAUCUCCGACGCUCAUUGUAGAUUCAACGGCGACCAAUGCGCCGAAUUGGUGGCCAAGCUGAAGAUGUGGGCUUCCGAAAGUGAUCGAAACCGGCGGUGCAUUACGACGAACGGCGCCGCGAGGGUGGUUUCGGGAGUUUUUGAAGACUUCCCCUCAGAGCAGGUGUUGUCAGCACUCGCCGGAAUGCUGCCAUUUGAUAAAGAAGCUAGAAGGAAGCUGGUUUCUGAUAAAUCUCUUCGCUCUAUUGCAUCGGUCAUGAGGAAUGGAACUCUGUCAGGACGGCUUAAUGCAGUUUUGGUUGUAAAAGAGAUGGUUUCAACAAACAAUGAAGACUGUGGCAUGAUUGCAAGAAAUGCUGAGUUGAUUGAGGGUAUUGUGAAGCUUAUCAAGGAGCCGAUAUCGCCGCAGGCUACAAAGGCGUCGCUUGUCGCUGCCUACCAAUUAGCUUCCGCUGACAAGAGGACUGCAUCGAGGUUCGCCGAGAUGGGUCUAGUUUCGGUGAUUUUAGAAAUGAUUGUUGAUUCGGAGAGGAGUUUCUGUGAGAAAGGUCUGGCUUUGCUGGACACAAUUCUGAGCGCAGAGGCAGGGAGGAAGAUGGCGGCCGGCAAUGGCCUCACUAUGCCGGUGCUGGUGAAGAAGAUGCUAAGGGUGUCGAAUGUGGCCACCGAACUGGCUGUUUCAGCGGCAUGGAAGCUCUGCAAGAGGAAAGGAAAUGGGGAAGGUGAGGAGAAUUGGUUGAAAGAAGCAGGAGAAGUUGGAGCUUUUCAGAAGCUGUUACUGUUGUUGCAGGUGGGCUGCAGUGACAGCACAAAAGAGAAAGCUAGCGAGCUUUUAAAGAUGUUGAAUGGCUUCAGGGGAAGAAUGGAAUGUAUUGAAAGUGUGGAUUUUAAAGGGAUUAAGAGGUCCUUUUGAUUCUUUUGUUUUUGUGGAGUGUACAUUACACAGAU